UGAGAUCUUUCCAUGACUGUAAGUCACAUGAUGACUUACAGCCACAGAUGCAAUUGGGAGAUUUUGAAUUUGUUACUAGGGGUCGUGGGCAGAGGUUGAGACCUUUCAAUGAUCACCAGCCUCGCAAGGACUUACAAACAGAGAUGCAACUAAAAGAUUAUGAUAAUAAAGGUCCUGGACAAAGGCGUAGACCGUUUCAUGACCAUCAGCCUUAUGAUGACUUACAGGAACAAACUCAGUUAAAAGAUUUUGAUUAUGUUAAUAAAGGGCAUGGACAAAGGCCAAGACCUUUUCAUGAUCAUCCGGGUCACGAUGACUUGCCACGUGAAUGGUGUUCAGACAGAAGUCAGUCUUUUUCUUCCCAUGAAAAUGUACCAGAACCUCAUUUCUCCUCAUCUCCUUCACUUCACAGAGAUUAUGGGUCUGAUAAUGAUGACUUUAACAGAAGUUAUAGUAAUCGACCAAAUUGUUCUGAAGACAAUAGGAGAAUGCAUCCCUCAGAUGAAUUUAAUAGAGGAAAAAACAGAUUUGUACCAUAUUCCUCACGAAUAAUGCAUCCAUCUUCAUCUGUACACCAAGAUGAUAGCUCAAUAGACUAUGAAAGAAAACCUUUUCAAGGUGAAACUACCAGAGAGAUGGAACAAACUAAAAGAUUACCAGUUGUAACAGUUGAUUACAAUUAUGGUCUGCCAUUAGAUUAUGGACCUGAAGAAGAAGAGAGAACACAUUAUGAUUUACCUCCAAGAGACCACUACAACUGGAACUGAAUAAAAAGGACAGAUGAUGUUUGCUCAACUUAGACUUACUUUUACCCAUUUUACUUUGUAUGUGGACCAAUUUUUUUUUUUUUUAAAGAAAUUAGGAAAAUGCAAAUUUCAGUAGUAGAGAACUGGUCUCUAUUGUAAGAUUAGCUUCUACUGA